UCAGACCAUACCGUCGCCCACGGCUACGAAUUUUGGAUUAGCAUAGAGUAUAUAUAACACUGCAAUACAAUACGAUAUCUAUAAUAUAUUUUUGGUAUAAAUACAUCCUUACAAAGAACCGUGCAUCUCGACCCAACUCAACAGAAUUAUCAUUAUUGUUCCCUUAAUUUAAUGAAGUAGGCCACCAAGAUUGAGUUUUGCCAGCCUCUGGUCGCGACACCAGUAGUACGGAUACGAUGGAUUUGAAUUUUGAUCUCUCACAGCCGAUAUAUAUGAUGCCAUAGCCCCUAUUGCCCGUCACCGAUGCUACCACCGGCGCCUCCGCCUCCGCCUCCGCCUCCGCCGAACCCAGCGCCACCGCCGGCGCCUGCACCACCGCCAAAGCCCGCGCCUCCACCAUGGCCGGCACCGAAGCCUCCUCCUGCUCCGCCGCCCGAGCCUCCUCCGAAGCCACCCCCGACGCCACCCCCUGCGCCGCCACCGCCGCCUACCCCGCCACCGAAGCCUCCACCUUUGCCGCCACCGAAUCCACCACCGGCUCCGGCUCCUCCGCCCCCACCAGCUCCACCGCCUAGUCCGCCGCCUCCGCCGGCACCACCUCCCGCACCGCCACCAAACCCACCACCAGUUCCAGCACCUCCACCUGCGCCGCCUCCGAGGCCACCACCCGAACCGGCGCCGCCACCGAGCCCACCUCCUGAACCGGCGCCUCCUCCGAGGCCCCCUCCUGAACCAGCACCACCGCCAAGCCCGCCACCUGAACCAGCCCCGCCACCGGAACCUGCACCUCCUCCAAGACCACCACCGGAGCCGCCUCCCGCGCCACCACCGAGACCUCCUCCUCCACCCGCACCGCCUCCAAGCCCACCGCCGGCACCACCUCCUGCGCCUCCACCAAGCCCACCACCUUUCCCAAUGCCUCCUCCGAGUCCACCGCCAUGGCCAACACCUCCACCAAGCCCACCACCUUUCCCAAUGCCUCCUCCGAGUCCACCGCCAUGGCCAACACCUCCACCGAGCCCACCACCCUUCCCAAUCCCUCCUCCAAGUCCACCGCCAUGGCCGAUUCCUCCACCAAGCCCACCACCCUUCCCAAUCCCUCCACCAAGUCCGCCGCCACCACCAGCACCACCUCCACCCCCUAGUCCACCACCACCACCCAAGCCCCCACCUUUCCCGCCACCAAACCCAAUCCCGGCACCUCCACCAUGGCCAAUCCCUCCAAGCCCACCCCCAGCACCACCACCACCUCCGCCCAAACCUCCACCUUUCCCCCCUCCAAACCCAAUUCCAACCCCACCACCAUGUCCGAUCCCGCCGCCGAACCCGCCUCCGCCCAAGCCGUCCUUCUCCAGCCGACGCGCCUCAAUGGUGACCCCGAGCAAAGCUAGCACCACCACCGCAACCGCGGACAGCCACGCGCGCCUCCCCAUUAUUGCUCUAACUGGUUGGCUACACUGGAAUCAAGCUCAGUAGGGAAGUGAAUCAAGUGAUGCUGGUCGUACUGAGGGACGCAGAGAGCUUUAUAGCGAAGCUCAGAUCGAAGCUGGGUACUCUGGUGCUGUGCAGUGCAGCUAGGAGUGGAGUAAAUGCACGCAGUUGGUUGGGACGCUGGCUGAGCUAGCUUGCGAUCGGCCGGCGACGGCAGGCCGACAGCGUCGCAUGGCAGGGCAGUGGGUGACAGAGGGGAUUUCGCCGGUGGAUUUUUGACGAUGGGAGUACUUGGAGCGAUGGCGACGUAUCUGGCCGGAGAAUGUGCGUGCGUGGCGUGGAUUAUUGGCCGUGCCGGUGGGCGCAGGCAUUUAUGUCAUCCCACGCGCUUCCUCAUCUUCUUCCCUCUGCCCAACCAACGGCGCUGUGUAUCUGCUUUGCAUGUUACUCCAUGUAAUACAGCAGUCAACGUUAUGCAUAUCUAGAUGUGCUAGCUAGUGGACACCGUGUGGAUGCAUGCAUCUGCAUGUUACAUUUGCAGCAUGCAAGAGCUUCAAAGUUUGAAUUAAUCCUAAUUAAUUAAAGCCUUAUAAAAUGAAA